AAGUCGGUCUCUUUACUAAAGCGACAUCAUUCGGCCCGACAAACGACGGAGGCUCCCUCUAGUAUUACCGUUCGAUAUAAACACGUGGAUACAGUCACGUUGUGUCUUCAGCUUCUUUCGGUAACCAUAGAAACUAACCGGGCUCUAUAACUAAGAUAUAAAAGCUGGUAACGCAACACAGAAAGGAGACACUAGGAAAACACGAGACGUGUGUUAAUAUCAUCUUGGACUAACAACAUGAAAGCAACACAUAAAUGAAUUUUAGAAGAAUGGAAAACCAAGAAUUCAAAGAAAUUUUUAAUGGUACAAGUGCAUAUUCUGAAGUCAUAUCUGAAAAUUCUGCCAAUUUAUCAGAUGAUUUAAGUCCUUCUAGUGCAUCCUUGUUACAAGAAGCGAUCGUGACUUUAUUGACAUUGCUUCUACUAUCUGGAAUUCUUACAAACAGUAUUUUCUUCUUAGUAUUUUAUAGUCAAGCUAAACUUAGAUCAUUUUCGAAUCGUUUCGUUCUGUGUCUAUGUACUUCUCACUUAUUGCAAUCAAUUUUAGUAGCACCUUUCACAUUAACUUCAGUGAUUAAUCAAAGUUGGGUUUUCGGAGAAGUAUGGUGUCAACUUAAUGGUAUGGCAUCAUUAUUUGUAACAAUGGCAUCCGUUCUUUCGUUGCUGAUGAUUGCUAUAGAUCGAAAUUAUGCAGUUAAUAGCCCACUUCACUAUUCGCGAACUGUUACAAAAUCCAGGACGUCUAUAUUAAUCCUUUCUAUAUGGACGUUCUCAUUCUUAUCUUCUAUCCCACCGUUAUGUGGAAUUGGAAGGAUUCAGUACCGCCCAGAAUGGUUUACCUGUACUAUAUUAUGGACUGAUAGUGAUAAAUAUACAGCGUUAUAUUCGGUAUAUCUUCUAACAUUUGGCUUCUUAAUUCCAUUCCUUACCAUGGCUUGUAUCUAUGUAUCUAUGUACAGAGCAGCAAAGAAUAAUAGCGCAAGAGCUCGUAAGCAUAGUCUCACUAGCAGUUGUAAGCAAGCCAUAAUCAGCACCCCUAAGAAGUCUUCAACUAGAAGAAGAAGUUCUUGUGGUAGCCAAUCUUCGCUCUUUGGAGAAGAAUGGAAAGCUGCAAAAACUGGACUCUUUGUUGUAUUGUCCUUUAUUCUAUGCUGGUUGCCAAUGUUUUCUGUUAUAUUAACAGAAACUUUUACGGAUUAUGGAUCUCAACUGCCACAAUGGAUAACUUCCACGGCCAUCUUGCUCUCAACUAGUGCAUGCAUCAUUAAUCCUUAUCUAUAUGUGUAUAGAAACAAAUCGACUAGGAGCCAACUAAAAAAGAUGCUUCAUCUCUGCUCGAAGGAGAAAAAAAAUCGGAGUUCUUUAUACGCACAAAAUAGAAGACUAUUCGUUCCAUCCAUACCUUCAUCUACAUUUAAAGUCCCAAUCGAAACAACGUGUAUCUCACCAUGGCCAAGCUUUACUAUUUAUGGAAGGAAGUCUGAACAAAUGUCUUGCAUUACUUCUCCUAUCGAAAAAAAUCCUCAACACUCUCUCGAACAAGGCAUUCUUAAUAAUAAUCUUCUAAAUGCUAUGGACUUAGAUGUAUCAACACUUAAAUCUUCCAAUAGAAUGAUGAUUUUCAAACUCAGAUGCAAUGCAAAGAAUAAAAAAGAAUCUAUAGAAGAAGCUGAUCCUAACUCCCAAUCAGCAAAGAAAAACGAAAGUACAAAAAUGACUCUGUCACGAACAAAAUCUAUGACUGUUUUUGGAAAUUUACUCCCUCAGGAAGUUAUCUCUCAAGAGGGGGGUCAAAGGAGAAAAUCUUUUGUAAUGACACGUUACAGAGUUCAAGGUUCAGAUGAAACGAAUUCCACUUCUAUCGAAUCUCAAGAUUCAAUUCCAUCUACAAACGUAGUAUCCGAUCUAUCAGGGAAAGAAAGGAGAAUAUUGUAUCGUCAAUGGAACAGAUCAGGAUCCGAAGACGCAGGCUACAUUAGUCGAAGAAGCAGUAUUUGUUCCAUUGUCAGUAGUGAUUCUGAUAAUUUGGGAAAAAUUUUGGAGCUUUAAAUUAAAAAUUUAUUAAUUCUUAACUUGUAAUUUAUAUUUUGUGAUCUUAAAAAAAACUGUUUUCCUCAUAAAAUAUUGUACAAAAUUU